AUGAGCGCCUCACCGUCUGGCCUGUCGAACGGCCAAACUCCUACUCCUAACGGUGGCCCUCCUCAAUUUGUGCGAAAAGCCAAAGCUGCAGAUCCACUGCGACCACGCAAGAAACCAGUUAGACGACCCAAUGUCCCCCCUAAACAGCCCAUAGGUUUGGGCAUCUCUGCCCCUGGCUCGGCAGGUCGUCCAACCCCUCUUAACGGUGUUGCACCCUCACUUGGCAUCGGAAGCUACCAAACACCCGCAAAUGGCACACACAACCAAAAUCUUUAUGGCGGCUGGACGCACCCACCUCCGCCUCCUAGUCAAUAUCAAGACUUCCCAUUGCUCACGACAAAGCGAGCUCUUCGUGAGGGCUUGAGAUACCACAUUGCUAGGUUUGCAGCCCCAAAGAAAGAUGUCGACCCCAGCAAUCAAGAUGAUUUCACGCGACCUGUUGUUUUACACCGAAGGGAUCCAAAGCAACCUCCACCUGGCAAAGGCAUUAAGGAUGAAGAUGCUGUAGCUGAGGAACCAAUGGAUUCCAAGGAGCGCGAAAAGCAGGAGAUCCUGAAAGCGGAAAAAGAAAAGCAAAAAGCAGCAGAUCUUGCUCAGAUUGCUCCGACGGGGAACAAUCUUUCGGCCCUCGCGGCGAAGAAGACUCAGGCUUUCAGAAAUGAGAAGACUACACAGGUCCACCGCCUGGAUAAGACCGAGGAGCAGAAGAAGGCGUCGGAUUUGAGAUACGAGGAAGCACUACCGUGGCACUUAGAGGAUGCAGACAACAAAAAUACUUGGGUCGGCAACUACGAAGCCGCUCUUUCGGAUACAAAUGCCAUCUUUUUCAUUGAUGGAGCGACUUUUAGGAUGAUUCCCCUUGAGAAAUGGUACAAAUUUACGCCCAAAGGUCAUUUCAAGACUUUCACAAUCGAGGAGGCCGAGGCCAAAAUGAGCAAGAAGCAUAAGGAGUCCAGAUGGGUCAUGAAAACAAACGAGCAGAAAGAGGCAGACCGAGCAACACAAGAUACCAGAAAAACGUUAAAUAAUCUGUACACGGUCAAAGCCGAAAGCAAUACAUUUAAAAAUGUUGGCAAAAGGGAGGUAGAAGAUAUGGACGAUCUCGAUUAUGAUGCAGAGGAUCUCUUCCAAGACGACGAUGAGCAGGCCACGGUUGAGCCAGACAAGGAUGAGGAAACCAAGGAUGCUCAGGACAGAAUCAAGCGAGAACAGCUCGGAGCCAACAUUUUCGAUAAUGCUAAUGAGGCUGAGGUUGAUCAGGAGCUUGAGGAGGAGGCGAAAGAGGCUCGGAAGCGGAAGGAGCUUGGCAAAGAUUUGGUGAAGGCUUUAAAGAAGCGAGAAAGGAACUUGGCCUACGAGAGUGAUUCGGACGGCAAUCCAUACUCUGAGACGGCAUGUGUGAUGAGCGAAGACGAUACUUCGGAUGAGGAGAAGCAGAAGGAGAUUGACCGAAAGAAAGAUGAGGAGGCAAAGAACAAAGCCAAGGCGGAAUCGAAGCUUCCAUCAGGUACUUCUACGAAGGGAACCAACACACCCUCUGGUCGACCCAAGCACACAGACCCUCUGAAGAAAGCAAAGAAUCUGAAGAGACCUGGAUCGCCGAAUUUGUCAGAAUCGAGUGGAAAUGAGUCGUCUCGAAAGAAGCAUAAGAACAAGCACCCCUCAUCCUCCCAGCCAACCCGGACUUCCACUCCAGUCCCUAGCUCUCGACCAAUGUCUCCUGCGCCUUCAACCUCACAGCCUGCUCCUAAUUCAAGCCCCCGAAAAUCAUCGAUCAUUAAGCUGAACGUCAAUCCGAACAAGCUCUCUGAUAUUCAGUCUUCGCCACCUAAUCCAAGCCCAGUAUACAACGCUAUGAGUGACGGCGAAGCCACUGGAGGCGAGGGAUCUGAUGGAGGACGCAAGAACAAGAAGAUUAAGCUCACAAUCAAGGGUCAAUCACCGACUGGCUCGAGGGCAGGUAGUCCGGCUCCAGGAAAAGCUGGUUCUGUUGGAGGAAGUCGUGCUGGUAGCCCGGCUGCUCUACAAAAUGCUCCAGCAACUGAAGCUGGACCUCCUCGAGCAAAGUCGCCUGCUGUCGGACCAAUUCAACCUCAUGAGAUCGUUGCAGCUCUGCCUACAUCAGGUGCGGGUAUUGUAGCCGGGGUAUUGAUGAACCUUUUCGGCAAACGAGUUGGGGACCAACCUAAUCAGACACCAAGGAAAGACUUUAUUCAAAUGGUGAAGGAGAAUUCGAAGUAUGGGCCUGAUAAGCUAUUGCGGAGGAAGGACGGCUAA